AUGUGGUGCGGGGCGGCGGCGGCGGCUAGUCUGCUCUUGCUGCUGGUCCUGCUGUGGGGCCGGUCGUGCUGCGAGCGCGCGAAGCCGCCUGUCUACCUGAGCAGCUGGGCAGUGCACGUGCCCGCCGGGACGCAGGAGGCGCGGCGCCUGGCCAGGAGGCACGGGCUGCAAUAUGUGGGCCAGGUAAUUGACGGGCAGCCUUACUACCACCUGAGGCACAGAGGCACCAGCAAGUCUCUGAGGCGGCACAUGGGUUGGCAUAGACGCCUGAAGAGAGAGCCACAGAUCACCUGGUUUGAGCAGCAGACGCUGAAGAAGAGGCAGAAGCGGGAGAUCUCGGCAGUCCCCACUGACCCAUGGUUCCGCAAGCAAUGGUACCUGAACGACGACGUGCUUCCAGACCUCAAUGUGCUCAGUGUGUGGAGCCAGGGCUACACAGGUGCUGGGGUGGUCGUGAGCGUUCUGGAUGACGGGAUUGAGCGAGACCAUCCUGACCUUGUGGCAAACUAUGAUCCCAAGGCAAGUUACGACUUCAAUGACAACGAUCCGGACCCCCAGCCACACUACACCAUUGAGGAGGAGAAUAGGCAUGGGACACGCUGUGCUGGAGAAGUGGCCGCUACAGCCAACAAUGAUUUCUGUGGCGCCGGCAUUGCUUACCGGGCGAAAGUUGGGGGAGUAAGAAUGCUGGACGGUAUUGUGACCGAUAUUGUGGAGGCCCGGUCCCUGAGCCUGCAGCCUCAACAUAUUCACAUCUACAGUGCCAGCUGGGGCCCUGAGGAUGAUGGGAAAACAGUAGAUGGCCCUGGAUUUCUGGCCAUGGAAGCCUUCCACAGGGGCAUCACCACUGGCCGCGGAGGGCUGGGCUCCCUCUUCGUCUGGGCCUCAGGAAAUGGCGGCCUGCGUCACGACAACUGCAACUUGGACGGCUAUGCCAACAGCAUCUACACCUUGUCCGUGGGCAGCAGCACCCAGAGUGGCCGGGUGCCCUGGUACACCGAGGCCUGCGCCUCCAUCCUCACCACGACCUACAGCAGCGGCUCAAAGGGCGAGCAGCAAAUUGUGACCACUGACCUGCAUCACAGUUGCACCAGCCGGCACACAGGCACCUCUGCCUCGGCCCCCUUGGUAGCCGGCAUGAUUGCUCUCGCGUUGGAGGCCAACCCCAAACUGACCUGGCGCGACAUGCAGCACCUUGUGGUUAGGGCUUCGCACCCUGCCCACCUGCAGGCGGAUGACUGGGCUGUCAACGGCGUAGGACGCAAAGUGAGCCACUACUAUGGGUACGGACUCUUAAAUGCAGCAAUGCUGGUGGAUCUGGCCAAGAAGUGGGACACAACGAAGCCUCAGAAGAAGUGUUACAUCAAGGCCAUUCACAAGCCACUGCGUCUUGGCUCAAAGUUUGUGAUCACAGAAAAUGUCACGUCUGCCUGCUGUGGGAAGAGCCGGAGCAUCCGUGCACUGGAGCAUGUCCAGGUCCAGCUCUCGCUCCGUUACAGCCGGAGGGGAGACCUCAUCCUCACGUUGACCAGCCCUAUGGGGACCAAGUCCACCCUGGUGGAUAUCCGGCCUUUUGACACCAGUGACCGGGGCUACAGGGACUGGACUUUCAUGUCCACGCACUUCUGGGAUGAGGACCCGAGGGGUAUCUGGACUCUCCUGUUUGAGAACAAAGGGGACCCGUUCAACAGUGGAUUCCUUGACAGCCUUGUGUUCAAACUGUAUGGGACAGAGGAAGACAUGAUGGCAAGAAACAUCAAUGCCCCUGUGGUGGGUGAGUGCAUGAGGCGAGACGCUGACGGGACAUGCCAAGGAUGCACCAGCCCCUUCUAUGCGUUCCAGAACCGCUGCCUCUACUACUGCCCACCCAGGUAUUACAGCGUCUCCCGACCUGCCCCUGGCCACGACGGGGCCAUCCGCACCUGCGCCGCUUGUGACUCGUCUUGCUACACCUGCCAGGGGGGGACGGCCCACAACUGCACCUCCUGCCCAGCCUUCAGCACCUACAACAAGCGGGCCCACGUCUGCUCCCAGCAGCCUUUCUACGCCUUCCUGCCUCACCUCUUUGCCCAGGGCCACUGGCAGCUUCUCAUCCUGGCCCUGCUUGCUGCGUUCUGUGUGUGCCCAAUCUUCUGCGGCCUUUUCUAUGCGCUUUACCGCUGGGUAGCUCUCAGGGUUGCUUUGCAGAAGCAGGCAAGAAUGCGAACUGACACCGAGGCUGCUGGCCUGGAGCUGCUGGACCAGCAGCAGCUAGGAGCUGGCGACAGCUUGAGGGACCACCUGCAGAGAUCUGUUCCAGCACCCGAAUCCAAAAAGCCCACAUCCUGA